AGUUUAUUCUUUAGCUGCGGGACCAAAAAUGUCAACAUAGAUAGAAAUGAGUACUAUCAUCUAACAUCUGCGACUGCGUAUGUAGGUCUUCACAACCUCUCGAAGUAGAUUAGUUCCCCUCGCAAGAAAUAACCGACCACCAUGGCCGCGCACCACAACGUGAGCGUGGAAUCGUACGAGUCCGCACUGAAGAUGGACCGGCGGGGCUUGGAGCACACCGCGGUGAGCCAGAUGCUGGACGGUUUCAACGAGACGAAACCCGAGCCCAACGUGUUCGCCACGAAGGAUAUCCAGGAAAAACUAGCAUCCCCAUCCAUUUUAUGCAUGACAAACACAGGAUUUCAUACAUGUUUUGCAUGGCAAAUUGGAUGGGGAUGGUUGUUUUUAGGUGGACAAAGGAGCGGUCCUACCUGUCCCUCCUCUCCGAACUGAACCGGAGCGGGCGCAGCCGGAUGCUGGGCAAGUCGCGGCGGCGGCCGCCGGGGGUGUCCUGUUGGUCCCGCGACAAGGAACCCAGGCUGAAACCGUCGCGGGAGGACUUUUGGGACGUGCCCCCGUACGUGGGCGCCGGCGUCAACUGUGCGUCCAGCCACCACCGCAACCCCUCCUCCAUCCCCCCCAUCGGGGCGGUCGAGACCGUCGCCCGCCGGACCAAGGAGACCACCGACCGCAUGCCCCCGCCCGGGACGUACUCGCUGCCGGACCUGUGGAGCGAGCCCACGGCGUAUUACAGUGAAAAAUGCCCCCACCCCGGAAUUUGCAGAAGUUUGUCAUGUUGCAAAGUUUCCAAUUGAAAGCAAAAGCUUUUUGUCUUGCAUAAAAGAAUUGCGAGCGUUUCUGAUGCAGAAUCUGGCUGCGCAAGGUGCCUUGUGCAUAACAGAUCCGGCUGCUGAUGGGCUACUUCGCAACGCAAAUUUCUUGACCUGUGUACUCAGCAUGGAAAAUUUGUGCUGCUGAGAUAUGCAAGACGGGGAAUGUUUCUGUUGGAUUUGGAAAGGUUUGCAAUACAAAUACUGCCAAGCUGGGCCAUUUUUCAUUUUAAUACGGCGCCCCGGUACUUGAGCCGGUUCGACCAGCAGACCCAGGCCAUGCACCAGGUGGCGCUCAAGGGCAUCGAGAAGUCCGAGUGCCACACCAUCUACGGCGACGCCUUCCGCUUGCCGCUGUCCAACGAGGAGCGCAGUGCAUUGGCAAGGAUAAGGAAAAAACUCAAAGUCAAGACCGGGCACGAGGUACUUCUCACUACGUAGACGUUUAGCUUGUUCAAAAUUAUUAAUUCUUGCGGAUGUUGAACUUCUACCUCGUCCUUGUCGUCGUCUUCACACAACACGUGAGCCUCGUCUACAUCUUCGAAAUAGAAGCCCAUCUUCUCUUUUGCAUGUUGCUAUGUUGACAGCCACUCGAUGUCGAUUCGUUGACGUUUUCAAUUUCAAAUACAGGUCAUUUCCGGCGCGUCCCCGCAGAAGCACCGGAACGCGAUCGUGCUGGAGGGUGUGAACCAAGCGUUCGGGGACGGGCGCGACAACCUGCUGAUUCACGCCUUAAUGCGCGAGGAGAACGAGCGAAAACAGAAGGAAUCGGCGCCGAUCAUGUUUCAGCCGCCACCCGCGGAUAUCCUGUGUAAAAGUAUCGUACUCGUAUUGUAAUCAUGCAUUACAAUUACUUACAAAUCUUUUUCUUAAGGUAAAUCAGCAUUACAGAUUUCAUUUCUCAUGUUGAGGAAAUUUGUAAUGCAUUUAUACGAGUGCGAUUAUACUUUUGCAGUGCAUAGCGGAGAGCGAAAUCGAAAACGACCCGGAGUUCGAAAAAAUGUUCGCGGAAAAAACGCAGCCCGAUCCGGUCGCCGUCACCAUCAGCAUCGACAAGGAUGCGGCGAUCCGGGAUUUGAUGUGAGGACAUUAAGGGAACUUCUACGGGCACAGCUCGUUGUUUUUAUCGGGUGUGGUUGUCGUCCUUUCUGUCCAGGUCUGUUGCAAAUGUGGGCUUGGGAGGUGGACGGCGGCGCACAACUUGAUGUUCUAGGCUGCAACAUCUGAUCUUCUGUACCCGAUACUUACUUACUAGAUAAAAGUGAUCGAGCCGGUUUCUUGAUCCCGAAUGAUUUGGUCAACCAUUUCGCGCAGAAAGCGAGGCUGUUUAUUUGACAACGAUUUUACUUUCACGGAGCCCUUCUAUGGUCGCCCGAUCGUCGUGUUUCGCUUUCUGCUGCUGUUUCGAACAAACGACAAAUGUACCCAUACAGAGGAAAAGUCCGAAAUCAUACUUUAUUCUCACGACUGAGCUUCGUAAACG